UUAGUGCUACACGUGGAACAUUUUGAAGCAUUUGACCGUUUUAUGCAUUUCAUGUGAGCUCUUCAUGUUCUUGGAAGUGACAGCGCGGCAAGCAUGACAAGCAAGCAAAGCCAUGGGAGAAGUGUUCAGCUGGAGACAUGAUGUUUGUCAACUGACUCCUGCGAUACUGCUAGACAAAACAAAGGUCACUCAAGGUUCAGAUUAAGUUGACAUUUGAAGUAAACCGCCCGCCAGGUUAGUCAAGCCUGAAGAAGGACAUCGUAAUUUCUGAAUGAAUAAAUCGAUGGGGAUGUUUGAACAGCUGUUGCUGAGGGAGCUGCAGAGGCAACAGCACAGAGCUCAGUUCUGCGAUACAGUCCUGCAGACACAGGGUAUCUCAGUGCCUGUCCACGGCUGUGUGCUGUCGGCCUUCAGCCCUCGGCUCUGCGAGUUUCUGUCCACUCUCCCAGCCCUCCCCGACGGAAAGAGCAGAGUAAUCGAGCUCCAGGCUGUCGAGGCCUACACACUGCUCCGGCUGGUCAGUGCGCUGUACACAGGCACCGUGGAGGGCGAGAGGACAGACCUGCAGAAGGCCGCUGACGAACUGGGCAUCACACUCCCUCCAGAGAAGAUUGAGGAAGGAGAGGACGAGGAAUCGCUGAAGGACGGGACGUUCGGGAAGAGAAGAGGAUCUAAAGAGAGCGAGGGAAAGAGAGGAACUGAGAGAAGGGAGUUUAAGGAUGCGGCGACGCAGAUUGACUCUGACAUCACUUCCUCCCAGUUCAUGUAUGAGAGGCUGAGCUUGGCAGAGUUCCCGUCUGACGUGCCUCCGGUUGGCCACAUGAGUCAGUUCCCGUGGAUUACAGACGGCUGCUUUCAAACGACCGCUGUCGAACACUCUCUCAUGUCCCUCCCUGAUGAUGUCAGCACUGCUGAGGCAAUGCCAUCCACGAUUGAUGACGCCAUGGUGUGUCAGCUGUUCAACCAGGCAGCUAUUAGAGCCCCCGACACCUGCCCCGUCCUCCUCCUCCCCCCGCAAGAUGACCAGCCAAUCGAAACGGAGAGAUUCUGCACGGGCGGUUCCAAAGGCGACAGCAGCGAAGGGGCAUUGGUGGAGGGCUUCGAGCAGUUCGAGGGGAACAUCCCAGAUUUCAUCAGCUACUUCCUGGGCUCGGCGGGGGGGCGUGGGAGACGAGGCCCGCGGGCGCGGAGGAGCCCGCGGAGGGCGAAAGGUGCGGAGAAGCGAGGCGGGGAGAGGGGCAGGCGACAGACGGACAAAGGGGACGAGGACAGGCAGGCCAUCAAGAAGGUGGAGCGGCGCUUCCCGCUGAGAGAGGGACUCCCGGCGGUCCUCGCCUGGACGGGGGUCGGAGGCGGACGCAUCGGACGGUCCCCGCGUCUGCCGACCAGGAAGAAGGCCCGGCCCAGAUUAUGUGCCAGGCAGAACAGCGCGCAAGGGAAAGGACCAGAGCCGAGUCAGGACAAAGUCCCUGUUGUCAAAAAGCAGAGAGGGCGACCGCGGACUCGGCCCCCCCCUCUCGUCGCUCGCAUGCCUCCCCCCGACAUCGCCGCCUUGACCCCCACCCUCCCCCACCUGCCCCCGGCUCCAUCCAUGCUGCACACCCUGCCGCUCCCCUCUCCUACCCCCCCUCCCAGGUCCUUACUGGAACACCUCCUGUUCGAGUUGAACCAGCCCAGCGGAGCCGGAGAGACAUACACUUCAGCUCCCAGAAUGCUCUACCCAUCUGGAAGCGCCCAGCAGCAGCAGCAGAAGCCGGACAGGAACAGAAGCUCCCAGCAGCAGCAGCAGCAGCAGCAGCAGCAGCAGCAGCCGGACAGGGAGGUCAGCGAGAUGCUGGAUCACCUGCUGCUGUCGCUGGAGCAGCCGUCGAACAUGCGUCCGUACACCAUCAUCAAGGACCUGCAGCGGCGCGGCGGAGACGAGGCGAGAGGAGCCGCGCAAGCACGCACACACCUGCACCCGCGCGCCCCUCACCUGAGAGCACCGCCACCGAGACGCGCCUCCCCGUCCGCCACGCCGUACCGUCGCCACUGCCAUCCCGCCGACCGCAAGACGGAAGGCAGCGGCCAGAAGAGGAUCCUGGCGGAGAUCGGCCUGGAGUCGGAGAUGUUUGAGGAGCGGAGGAUGACCAGGAAUCAGGCCAAGCUUCUGCGGACGUCCUCGGCCACCAGCGAAUGGGCCUCCAGCAGCAGCGCGGGGGGAGCAGGCGUUCCCGAUCCGAAGCGUCGGCUGCCGGGGAAGAACAUGAGAACACUGCGACUCAAGCCUCAGUCCCCAUGCCAAGGCGAACCAGAAACAGAGACGCACCUCGGCCCCUCAACCACCCCGGCCAUCGACUCGCUGGACAGAGCAGAAUCCCUCCCCCCGACGGCUGAGCAGGACCAGACCACUGGGGGGCGCUGUGACCCUUUAGGAGCACCCUUAAGUUUGACGGAGACUGUGCAGUGCACAGGUUAG